CGCGACGCUCCACGUACACACCGCACGCUCCAGCCUCGUAAUAUUUCUCCCUCAGCCGCCGAUUCAUUCCUGCUCUCCGGUCCCGACGUUGUUGUAUUCUCUCUGUCUCGUUCUGUGUGUGUAUGUGUGUCUGUGUGUGUGGGUUUGUGUGUGGGUCACACGUCAAAAACACGCCGCGCUCUUUCCAUCUGUCGGCGACGCACCAUCACUUUUGUACUGUUAAUUAGUUCGAGGGCUGAAAAAAAAAAAAAAAAUAUGCGCUCGCGAUUGAUGUGAACUUGUUUCUGAGCUGUGGUACCGCUGGCGCUCGAUUCAACCGGCACUAAUGAGGAAGGGAAUGGAGCCUAAAACUAUUAAAGAAGAAAAUGACAAAGAAUCGGUUGGCUACAUCGACACACCUAGAACUCGUUCAGCAAAAGCUUUGGCGAAGGAUCGCUGCAAGACGCCCGACUCGCCCGAGGGCGCCCGCCAAGCCACUACGCCACUGUCACCAUCGCAGUCGUCGCCCACGCGAAAUCCGGUGAACGGUUCCCCGUCACCAAUCAACAACGGCAGCGCGGACAGUUUGACGCCGCCGUUGCCUGCGUCCACGGCCCUGUCGGUCAAUUUGGACCCGGCACGGGGCCUCACCGACCAACAGUACGCCAUACACGGCGCCUACAUCAACACCAGACAGUUGGUGAAGGUGAAGCGGUUCCUGAGCACGUUGGUGCAGUUCGGCUGCGACAUCGGACAGGACGUCGGCGAGAGGGUCAGGAGCCUGGUAUUGAGUUUAGUUAGUUCAAAUUUAACCAUAGAAGAUUUCCAUAGUUCACUACAAGACGUCACAAAUUUCCCAUUGAGGCCGUUCGUUCUACCAUUUCUCCGAACCCAUCUUCCUUUACUCCAAAGAGAAAUCCAUGGAUUGGCCCGUGCUAAUAAACAGUCAGCCCUUCAGUAUGUCCGCACCCACGAGCACAUCAUAAUGGAUCCGACCCACUCCCCAUCGGAAGUCGCCGAAAUAUUUCUAUCGAGUGACACGCAGCCAGUCAGCGGAAUUAAGAGACGACCGUCUGACAGCAUAUACGAGAAUGGUGUCAAUGGACAGCAACAACCGGACUCCCAGGAUUACAUGCCGGCCAUGAAGAGACCCGCACCUCAAAACGCCUUCAUGUUUUCGCAUCAUCACAACCUAUUUCUGCCCAAUAUGUCCGCUUCUGUGCCCAAUUCCCACUUGUUUGAUUAUGGCCAUCAUCAUGCGACGCACCAACAAAGAUUGGAGGACAACAAUAAUUCCAGUCGCGGAGAUGAAGAAUGGAAGAACAUACAUGUCAUGUUGAACUGCAUAUUGUCCAUGGUCGAGAAAACAAAAAGGGCAUUAACAAUCCUCCAACAAAGAAACAACCAAGAGUUAACGGCGGAGUGGUUAAGAAAACAAGAUGUCAGCGUCGAUUUGAAGAAAGCAGCCAAUGAAAUUAUGGCUCAGGCGGUGCGACAAACUGAAGAUAGAGUGGCCGAGGUGAAAAGAAGAGCUGAAGACGCAGUAAACGAUGUAAAAAGACAGGCGGUUAUAGAGUUACAAAAAGCCGUUGCUGCUGCUGAGUCAAAGGCUAACGAAUUGGUGGCUGCUGAAAAGGCGAAAAUGGAGAAGCUUCUUACCGAAAACAUAAGAAAGCACGAAGACGCUACCAGCCAGGCGGAACCAGGAGACAACAGCUUGUCCCCCAUCGCCUCGUCCCAACCGGCACCUUCGCAACAAAACUCUUGCUGGAACUGCGGCCGGAAGGCGCACGAGACCUGCUCCGGAUGCAGUCUGGCCCGUUACUGCGGCGCGUUCUGCCAGCACAAGGACUGGGAGAACCACCACCAGGUCUGCUCAAAGGAGAAGAUCCGCCCGAUCAGGGCGCCGACUCCGAAUUCAACUGCGCCGGCCGGCACUCCGGUCGCGGCACCGAGCGACGGCAAGUUUAAGAAGUGACAGUUUAAGAAGACCAGGAAAACGAAGAAGCUCGGCUAUCUUUAAAAUUUGCCCGCAUUUUUUUGACCCUGAAGAUGUUCACACACGCAAUCGAUGUCUGUGUUGGAUGUUUUUUUGAUGUUAACUUUUGACGACUGUACAAAAACCCCUCUCUAUAAUAUCUAUAGACUUGUAGGUUUGAUAACACAACCUGAACUUUCUAGAUGGAAAAUGUGCAAUUUUUCUGAAGUACACCUUACUUCACUUUUAAACUAAGUAAAAUAAUGUAUGUAAAUAUUUAAUAAUCUCAAUCACUUCAUGUUAUGUAAUAAGACGAUAAUACAUACCAUUCCGAAUUUAAUCGAUCUAUAACAAUGUGUGUUUCUUACUUUAAAAUAUAUUGUGUUUAUUAAAUUUGGAGUAUGUAUUAAGAAUUGGUAAGAAACCGAGAAGUCUUUCAUUAAUCUUUCAACAUCAACCAAGACUUUCUUGAUUGUCUUACCGCUUUUUCUAAAUGCACGAUAGUUAUGCCAUUUAUUCCGAAUACUUAUCCAGUAAGAAUCUCCUAGAUAACUGAAUCUCAUUUUCUAGUCAACUAUUUUCAAACUUUGUUUAAAUAGUACAUUCUCUAGUCACAUUGUAGAAUAAUUUGUAAGUGUUUGUGUGUUAUAAAAAUAUUUAACAAUUGUUUUUAUGAUACAAAAGCACCCUGUGUACAUUUUUAAAUAGACUUUUUAUUGUUUAUCCUAAUAAAUAUUUGACAUUGUACAUUUUUAUCAUGUUAUUUAUUUGCAAUAACAAUCUAAAUGUUUCCACAAUA